AGUGUCAGCAGGUCCUAUCCUUAGAGAGGAAUCAUGGCCAUGCACAUCUCCAGCGAUCAGGUGGAGGAAGAGACUUCAGGGAGUUUCCAGUUUGAGGAGGUGGAUUUCAAGCCUCAAAUCCUCAACGAUCCGAAGAAGAAGGAGCUCUGGACCAAGUGGGGGUUUGAGGACUGUUCGUACCUGCGAGCCUUCAGCUUCGACGAGUUCUUCUCCAAGCACCAGUCUCAAGUCUUCUUCAGAGAUUUUUUUGCUUCAAAGACGGUGCAAAGCUCUCUCAGCGUUUCCUCCGGCAGAGACUCGUGGAGAAGAGUUGGGCCGGUCAGGAGGGUCGAGGUGGAGGAGCUGGCCAGCAGUGUGACCAACAUGGAGUUCUUUGACAAGCUGAUGCAGAUUGAGGACCCUCCUGUUGUGCGGGAGAACGGAGCUCUUGUGAAAUGUUUCGACGAGUUUGUCGACGACCUUGUUCUCUCCGACGAGCUACACAAGCUGCUGGUACAGGAAGAGAGUGACCACUACGAGGAGUUCUCAGAAGAAGAGAGGAAGGAGCUGAUCUUCCAUAUCUUCAAGGCACUAGUGGUUGGAGGAGGAACGUGUCAGUUCGAAGACAGCAUUGACGCGUACAUGGAUGUUACCAAGGACAUGUACAAAGAUCUGGUAAAAGUUUCGAAGAGUCAGACGCACAAGCUGCAAGUGACUUCCAUCCCCUAUCUUAUCACAAAAGUCGACGCAGACUUCGAGCUCUUCCCCUCGCACGCCAAUCCUUCCUUCUCCUUCUUCCUUGCCAUCGUCGAACCGCUGCAGCGCAAGAUCUUCGUCUGGUAUAAAGCGCAUUUCCCGCCCUUCUAA